CCGAAAUUCGCGAACGACAUUGUUUAUAAAUCAUGAAUUCGACUCAGCGCCUUCUCUUCAUCUCUGGAAUGAUAUAUAUGUUAGUAUGUGUGCACGGAGUUCCAGUUGAGAAAUCCAGUAGUUCCGCGAGUUUGUGUGAAGAAAUCAGCGUUCAGGGUUCAUUUGUGGAUCCUUCCGAUACGGACUGCACUAGCUACAUAUAUUGCUUCGAAAUUUCCGGAGAGUGGCGAAUUAAAUACCUGAAAUGUCCUGAAGGACAAUUUUACAAUGAGAAAUGGAAUUUUUGCACCAGUAAUUAUACUUGUACACAAUAAGAAAUAGA